UGCGAAGCACGAACCGACUCCGAGUGGCCUUCGCCUCGGCAUCCACCCUCGCGAGUCGCGGCGCGGCGGAGAUGGGCGGCGGGCGGAAGCGCGGCCGCACGCAGCGGCGGCACUUCAAGCAGGGCCGGGAGAACGUCUGGAAGUACGGAAACAAGGAGGCCCGCCCCGAUGACCCCUCGACAGCCGACAAGCCCAACCCCACGUGGCAGCCUUUCGCUACCCAGAACGCCAACUUCGACGAGUAUUACAAGGAGCAACAUAUUGUGCCUGAAGAUGAGUGGGAAGACUUCAUUUCUAUGCUCAGAAAGCCACUUCCAGCUGCAUUUAGAAUAAAUUCGAGUGGCCAGUUUUGUAAGGACAUUCUGUUGCAACUGGAAAAUGACUUCAUAACAUCCCUGAAACAUGAGGUCAAUGACGAAUGUGAAGUCGAAGCUAUUAGAUCUUUGCCUUGGUAUCCAGACAACCUUGCUUGGCACCUGAAUUUUUCAAGAAUGCAACUUAGGAAAAGCCAAACUCUUGAGAGAUUCCAUGAGUUUUUAAAGCAGGAGAAUGAAGUUGGAAAUAUAACAAGGCAGGAAGCUGUUAGCAUGGUGCCUCCGUUAUUCUUAGAUGUGCAUCCAGAUCACUAUGUACUUGACAUGUGUGCAGCUCCAGGGUCUAAAACUUUUCAGUUGCUUGAAAUGAUACACCACUCAAUUGAACCUGGACUACUACCAAAUGGGCUGGUAAUAGCAAAUGAUGUUGAUGUUCAAAGAUGCAAUCUUCUUAUCCAUCAGACAAAACGGAUGAGUACUGCCAACUUAGUAGUAACUAACCAUGAAGCACAAUACUUCCCUACUUAUCCUUGUGUGAAGGAUUACAAGGAAACUUUAAAAGGUGAAAAAGAACUUAUGAAAGGUAGUUUGCAGUUUGAUCGGAUUUUGUGUGAUGUUCCUUGUAGUGGUGAUGGCACUCUCAGGAAAGCUCCUGACAUCUGGAGGAAAUGGAAUGCAGGCAUGGGUAAUGGUCUUCAUCGUCUUCAAGUUGAGAUCGCGAUGCGCGGUGUAGCAUUGCUUAAAGUGGGUGGAAGGAUGGUUUAUUCUACCUGCUCAAUGAAUCCAGUUGAAAAUGAGGCUGUUGUAGCAGAGGUUCUUCGAAGAAGUGCUAAUUCAAUUAAGCUUCUUGAUGUUUCUGGUGAACUAUCUGAGUUGGUCCGUCGUCCUGGCCUUAAAACAUGGAAGUUAAAAGAUAGAGGCCUUUGGUUGGCCUCUCAUAAAGAUGUACCCCAGUACAGGAGGGGUGUGAUUGUACCAAGUAUGUUUCCUUCUGGAAAAAGUCACGAUGAGAUCCUUAAAUAUGAUGGCCAAGAGAAUGCCGAGAUUCUUGGAAGUAACUCAUUUGCAGAAAAUGUUAACAAGGGAGUGAAUCAUUCAGAAAGUGUGUGUGUACAGCACCAAGCAUUGUGUGAGAAUUUGGUAGACAAUGCACCACUGACUGAAUCUUGCACUAUCGAAAGUAAAAUAGAGGAAGUUUCCAGUGAAAGUGUAUCCAUAGAAAAACAUCAUAGCUAUUUUAGAGAAGUUUCUGAAUUUCCCCUUGAAAACUGUAUGAGAAUACUUCCUCAUGACCAAAAUACUGGAGCUUUUUUCAUUGCUGUUUUUGAGAAGCUUUCUCCAUUAAUGGUCGCUCCAAUUAAGCCUGCAAGACAAUCAGCUGUAAGUGGAGAUGCCUCACCAGAUGAUGGUGAAAAUCUCGUGGUUGAAUGUAAUGACAAAAUAGACUUAUCUAGUAGUUCUCAAGAUGGGCUAAUUUAUAGUGCUUCUUUAGCAACUAUUGAUGUGGAUACAAAAGUCGAGAAAUCACCAGCAGUAUCAGACAAUGAUGCAGUAUCAAUUCAUACCAGGGGUACCAACUUGAAUGAGGCAAGAGUAACUAAUGAAGAGGAGAGGCUUCCAUCUGAAACUAAGGCAGUAAAGGGCAAGUUGCAAACUGAAGGCAAAUGGAGAGGAGUUGAUCCUGUUGUAUUCUUCAAAAAUCAUGCAAUUAUAAAUAGUAUACGAUCAUACUAUGGUAUCUCAGAUUCAUUUCCACUAGACGACCACCUUGUUACUCGGAAUACUGAUCCUAAUCAUAUCAAGAGAAUUUACUAUAUAUCAAAGUCAGUUAAUAAUAUUCUACAGCUAAAUAUCCAAUCUGGAGAAAGGCUCAAGAUAACAUCUCUCGGCCUUAAGAUUUUUGAACGACAAAAGUCAAGUGACAAAUCGUAUCCUUGUUCUUUCCGGUUAUCAUCAGAAGGACUACCUCUGCUUCUUCCAUAUAUAAAAAGACAGAUCUUAUAUGCGCCUUUAGCCGACUUCCAGCUUCUUCUAAAGCAUAGGACAGUAAAAUUUACAGAUUUCGUCGAUGCUAGUUUUUCUGAGAGGGCUUCAAGUUUGAUGCCAGGUUGCUGCGUCUUGUGUCUCAACGAAGGUGACGAACCUAGAGGUGACGAAGUCGUGGUAGAUUCCUCAACGAUUGCUAUAAUUUGCUGGAAAGGCAAGACAAAUCUUAGCAUCUUGCUAUCUCCGUCAGAUGGUCAGGAGCUGCUUGAAAGGGUUGCUCUGCGUUUUGGCAUUCAGAGCGGCAUUUCUUCUCAAACAAAGGAGGAUGGUAAAGAUGAAAUUGACGAGUUAGAGAACUCGAGCCCAGGUAGUAUGAACGGUUCUGAUGUGGCCGACGAGGAAGUAGCUUUGAUGGAGAUGUAGGGGCUUACAAAAACAUAUGUACCAAUAUCAGUGGAUGUUCUUUGACAGAAUUUGAAAUUUGGCUGGGUGCAAAUGAAUCAAAUUGAGCAUAAGUAUAAAAAUAUUGAUAUUUAUUCAAA